AUGUACGAUAACCAUGGAAGUCGGUUGAUGCCGACGAUUUUACACGAUGAGGCCAAACAUAAUCCUCAGCGAACAUUUGCUGUAGUCGCCAAGUCAGAUAACCUCGAGGAAGGAUUCUAUCAAGUUACCUUCGAACAAGUUGCCCGAGCUGUGAACCAUCCUCUUCGCCAUACGACCCUUUCCUAUAUUGGAGUUCCUGAUCUCCGCUACAACAUCCUCUUCUAUGCAGCUGUACAAUGUCCAUACAAGGUCUUUCUGCCCUCACCACGAAAUCCAACCGCAGUCAAUGUGUCUCUGCUAGAACAGACGCAAUGCUUGAGGUUGGUACAUUCGAGCGAGGUUGGGUCUGUGGCGAAGACUUUACAAGCAGCUGUGUAUGGUUUGCAAUGUGAACAGCUCCCUUCACUGGACGAACUUCUUGUUGCCACACCGGCGGAGUAUCCCUACAACCUCAAGUACGAAGAUAUAUAUCGUGAGCCUAUACUCAUUCUUCAUUUCUCUGGAUCCACUGGCCAGCCAAAGCCAGUCAUCAAUACACAUGGAACUCUCACGACAUAUGAUGUCCGUGACUGGCCCUCUGUGCCGGGUCGUAUCAAUCACGAUGGUCUGAGUACGCUCAGGUUCUCUCAGCCAGACAGUCGCAUCUACGAUGUCUUUCCACCCUUUCACAUUGCUGGCUUCAUGACAAAGGUGAUGGUGCCGCUGUACAAUCUAACAGCACCAAUACCUGGCCCCCCAUUGCGACCACCUAGCGGUAGUUUGGCUGCAGAAAUGAUCCGGCUGCAUAAACCACGCGGUGCUGUCAUACCGCCGAGUAUAGUGGAGCAGCUAUAUCAUGAGCACGGUGGCGCCGAUCUUUUCAAGCAACUCGAUGUCCUCCUUUAUGCCGGUGGCCCACUACCACAGGUGGUUGGCGAUGAAAUAUCGAAACACACAACUCUCUGCCAAUUCUAUGGCUCGACCGAGAUGCUUCAGCCAGCAGGCGAAAGCAUGUUUGAGCUGGUGGUGUUUGCAGACAAAGACCUUGAGCGGACUUCCUCGUUAUAUCAUAACUACCCUGACGUGCGUGAGUGGAGGACUAAGGAUCUUUUCAAACCACAUCCGAGCAAGCCAGACCUGUGGAAGUUCCAUGCUCGCAGAGAUGAUAUCCUGGUGUUUUCGAGUGGGGAGAAACUGAACCCAAUUCCCAUGGAGUCUUCCAUCACGGCCGUUCUUGGUGUCAGGGGUGCAUUGGUAGUCGGGCAAGGCUACUCCCAUGCUGCACUUUUGGUAGAGCUUGGUCAAGACGUGGCAUCUUCCUCGGAUCUACCCCAAGAUCUUUGGCCUGCUGUAGAGAAAGCGAAUACUCUCCUUCCCGGGCACGGUCGAAUAGCCAAGUCCAUGAUCAUCAUUACAGACGCUAGCAAGCCCUUUGUAAGAGCUGGGAAAGGGACUGUUGUGCGUCGCUUGACCGAGGAGCUAUUUGCCGAAGAGAUCCAAAAGGUUUACGGAAGUGCUUCGACAGAACCGCUACGAGUACCAAUAGUUCUCAAACCUCCAUUUCUUGAAAGCGAUAUAAAAGAACUUGUACGUUCUAUUCUAGCCCAUGUUUCCAUUGAUGACCAGAUGAAAGACGAGGACAACUUGUACGCACAUGGUAUGGAUUCGGUAAGAACUGUAGAGGCUGUAGGACUUCUCAAAUCCUGUCUUCUUCAGUCCAAACCGGAAGCCGACCUGGACUGGCUUUCUGCAGAAAUUCUAUAUCGCAACCCAACUAUCAAACGGCUUAUCUCCUUGUUAUUUGAUUUUCUCGAAAAUGAAACUACACCGAGGAAGAGAGAUCGCAUAGCAGAGAUGCAAGCGAAGGUUGCAGAGUAUACUGUUGACCUACCUCAAACUCUAGAGAGUCUAGUGACGAAAGAACACACUAGCAGAUUCUCUGUUGCUGUCACUGGCACGACAGGAUACCUUGGAAGCCGGUUGCUGAUAGAGCUGAUCCGAAACCCUCGCAUAUCCCGCCUCUACUGCUUGAAUCGUUCCACAAGAGCACAAACGAUCUUUGAGAAUCACAUCCCAGGGAAAAGCACAAAACUAGCAUUCUUGCACGUUGACCUAGCUUCAUCCUAUCUCAGCUUAAGCAAUGAAGACUACACUCGGCUCUUGCAGGACUGCCAUAUCAUACUACACAACGCAUGGCGAGUUGACUUCAACCUCGCCCUAGACUCCUUCGAAGACAAUCUCCAAAGCGUCAAGCAUCUCAUCGAUCUAAGUGCCGCCAGCGCCCUCCGUUCGCCACAGCAGAGCGUUCCAGAGGAUAUUGUCGAGAAUCUUGGUGCCACAAUGGAUAUCGGCUACGCUGAAUCAAAACACGUUGCUGAGCAUGUACUGCACGCAGCGUCGAGAGUCGGUAUCCCUGCAACAAUCAUUCGGAUGGGCCAGAUCUCACCAUCGUCCGCACCAGAGGAGGAGGGGACGUGGCCAGACGGUGACCUUGUACCGAUAUUUCUGCGCACAUGCAAAGCUUCUGGGUCGUUGGCGUCCGACUUUGUUGACACGGUAGAUUGGGUACCGGUCGAUCAAGCUGCUAUAGUCGUGAGCGAAAUCGUGGGGCAUGAAAUUGAUAGCGGAAGUUGUGUGCGGUUCUACAAUGUCGUGCAUCCACGACCUCUACUGUGGAGUGCGGUGAUGGAUACAGUGCGGAUAUGGUGUGGCGAGGGAACGAAGACUGUGAGCUUGCAGCAAUGGUUGCAGAGAAUAAGGGAAUUAGAUACCAGGGAUCCUCGAACGCUCGAUAGAUUCCCCGCAUUGCGCAUGCUCCGGAUCUUCGACAUAAUGGCCAGCCGUGGACCGACGCACGAGUAUGCGAUGAAGAAUCUGAUCGCGACGAGUAAGAGUAUGUCCUACUUUCCAGUUGUAGAUGCAGCAUUGAUCGAGACAUGGCUUCAAAAGCUGUCAUUGUAA